CUUCUUGCGCAGCUGAUUUCGGUUCAAAACAUUUAUUGACGAAAACACUUUAAAGCCCACGGAUGCCCUCCAUCAGGCAUGCGACCGACAACUUCGGGGUAUUUUGUGAAGGUGAAGAUAAGGCAAGUGGACGAAGAGCAGGAAUGCAGAGGUUGAGAGGUCAAGGGCCACUGCUGUGACUUGUCCUAUUUAGUUUCACCUUUCGCAAAGGGGAAUCUGGAUUCCAAUAAGCACAGCGCAAACUGGAAGGAAAUGAUGUGUCCAUGAUUCCACUGAAGUUGCUGCAUUAUUGUGCAACAGAAUGGAAAGAUUACAUUUGGAGUGAAGGCUGAGUUUGUUUGGACUAUAUGUGUUUUAAGACUGUUAAGGAGACAGAGGUAAUAGAUACCGGCUGCACUAGACUGGAGUGUCUAGACACCCCAUAAAACUGGACCACCUAAUUUUCCAUUUGGCCGAUGGAGUGUUAGUCAGUCUGGAGGAGGAGCUGAGGGCUCACAUUCCUGUUGUUGGAAAGAUACAGUUGUGGUUCGCUGAAUAGUAGUGAGACAAGCUUAAAUGCAUCUAAUCAUAACACCUGAGAGAGAGCAAGGCGAUGUGGUCUCUCACUCUCUGAUGCCAGAAUGAGAACCUACACCCGUGGGGCACCAACAGUGUUCUUCAUAAGUGCACUGUGGGUGCUGGUAUCCCCAGCUCUGGGUGAAGUGGAUCCCAGUGGAGGCAUUGCAUUCCUUGGAGGGAACUACGAUGGAACUCACCCCAUGCUCUACUUUGCCCAGGCAGAGGUUGAGGAGCUACAGCGUGCAGCCAUAGAGACGCACAAAGCUCUGGCCCAACAGAUCCGUGAGGCCGGGGAGGCCAUGCUAGAGCGACCGGAGGAGUAUCUGCCCCCCUGGAACUCUGCCGAGUUCAGCGCCCGCUGGAACGAAGUCUAUGGGAACAAUUUAGGCCUGCUGUCUAUGUUCUGUCUGCUGUAUCCACACCGUGCCGGUGCACUGGACAUGGCCAAGGAAUACAUGGAGCGGAUGGCCGCACAGCCCAACUGGUUGGUGAAAGAUGCUCCAUGGGAUGAAGUUCCAGUGGCUCACUCUCUGGUUGGCUUUGCCACAGCAUAUGACUUCCUGUAUGAGUACCUUAGCAAAGUUCAACAGGAGCGUUUCUUGCAGGUGAUUGGGAAUGCUUCACGCUACAUGUACGAGAAAUCUUACCACCGUGGCUGGGGAUUUCAGUACCUCCACAACCACCAACCAACUAACUGCGUUGCGCUUUUAACCGGCAGUCUUGUGCUCAUGAACCAAGGAUACCUCCAGGAAGCAUACCUCUGGACAAAACAGGCUCUUGCAAUAAUGGAAAAGUCCAUGGUGCUUCUCCAAGACGUGACUGAUGGUUCUCUGUAUGAGGGUGUGGCCUAUGGAACUUACACAACUCGUUCACUCUUUCAAUACAUGUAUUUGGUACAGAGGCACUUUGCUAUUGGUCACUUCAAUCAUCCCUGGCUGCACAAACACUUUGCAUUUCUCUACAGGACAGUGUUACCUGGUUUUCAAAGGACCGUGGCAAUCGCAGAUUCCAACUAUAACUGGUUCUAUGGGCCAGAGAGUCAGCUAGUGUUUUUGGAUCGGUAUGUCAUGCGAAACGGCAGCGGGAAUUGGCUGGCUGAUAUAAUCAGGCAGAACCGUGUUCUGGAGGGUCCAGGACAGGCAGGGAAGGGUCAGCGCUGGUGCACACUGCACACAGAGUUCCUCUGGUAUGAUGCCAGCCUGCAGCCCACCCCACCUCCUGAUUAUGGUACAUCGCACCUGCAUUAUUUCGAAGACUGGGGAGUAGUGACCUACGGAAGUGCCCUACCUGCAGGGAGAAACCACACAUUUCUGUCCUUUAAGUCGGGUAAGCUUGGCGGACGUGCAAUUUUUGACAUUGUACACCAAAACAAAUACAAAGACUGGAUCAAAGGGUGGCGUAACUUUAAUGCCGGCCAUGAGCACCCGGACCAGAACUCUUUCACAUUCGCCCCAAAUAGCAUUCCGUUCAUCACAGAGGCAUUGUAUGGACCCAAAUACACCUCCUUCAACAAUGCAGUCAUGUUCGGGCCUGCAGUGUCUGAGAGCUGCUUCGCACCAUGGGAAGGCCAAGUUACGGAGGCAUGUAACUCUAAAUGGCUAAAGUAUAAGCAUGGGCAAGCAGCAGAUUGCCAAGGUCAGGUGGAGGCCACUCUGGAGCGGCAGGGCAUGGUGUUUAUUCGUGGUGAGGGCCAAGCAGCGUACAACCCUGAGCUGAAGAUCAAGAAUUUUCAGAGGAACCUCCUGCUGCUUCAUCCUCAGCUGCUGCUGAUGGUAGACCACAUUCAGCUCCAUUCAGGCAGCCUAACACGCAGCAUGAGCAGCUUCUUCCAUAACACAGACCUGCCCUUCCAGAACACCCAGGUUGAUGGUGUGCAUGGUGCUCUGAUCAGACACGGAGAUGAAUCUUACAAGAUGUUCUGGCUGGAUGAAACGGGUGGCAGUGAAAGGGCAACAGUAGGCUAUAGGAGCUACCCCCGUGGAUACCCCUACAAUGGGUCAAACUAUGUAAAUGUGACUAUGCCAGUGAGGUACCCUACCAGCAGAGUGGCUUACAUCUUCUUUGGGCCAGGAGUGGAUGUGCAGAGUUUCAGUGUACAUGGCGACUCAGAAAGACUAGACAUUUAUCUGGUCACCAGAGAACACACCUACACCAUCUAUCUGCUUACAGGUGAGGUUCCCCCCAAACCUUUGUAUGCGAUGGUGUUGAUAAAUCAAAAGAAAGUGGUGUUUGAAAGAGCAUCAGGGAUAGAGGAGCACCCCUUGGAAGAAGUAGAGGAAUAUGUUCAUGUUGUGGAGGACAAUCUUCAGCAUGUCAAACCAGUCUUCCAGCAGUUAGAAAAACACAUCCUGUCACAGGUUCUUAACACAGAUAGCUUUCACAAAACUGCUGAGCGCCUCCUUAAGUCUUCAGACAAGAGGAAGGCACCAGGGACAGUUGAGAAGAUGUUUGCCCUCUCUAAAAAGCAAGGAAAGGGAAAGGGUGGCAAGAAGGCAAGCCUCUCUGACAGCCUACCAGACAUCUUUGCCCAGAUUGAGGCGAAUGAGAAAAAAGAGAGGCAGCGGACAAUGAAACACAUCUAUGAGGAGGUUCCAGAGGAGGCAGAUGGUGACUCGAGGGCAUUCAUUGAGUACAGUGAUGUACGAAAGGGUAGAAAAGUGGGAUUUGUAAAGGGGCGGAAAUUCAAAGAAGUGCGCUUAGUGGGUACUACAGGGAGUGACGAUAUGUCCGGCUCCACCUCAUACAUCCGCCUCUUCCUCAUUUUGAAUAUAGCCACUUUCUUCCUCCUGUUGGCAGUGCUGUUGACGCGCUUCCAGAGGGCUCAGAGUUUGCACACACAGCGUUGCCUCUACUGUGUCCUCCUUAUAGAUAGCUUCAUCCUGCUCUGUCUGUACUCCUCCUGCUCGCAGACACAGUGCUGACAUCAUCACUGUGGGACAUUCAGCCGGUAUUUCGGCACAAGUGUUGUCAUCAACACUGUGGAAGAUUAGGCUAUUCCUGUUUGCAGGCAUGGUGCAUCCUCAGUAUGAGGCAUCAUUAAAGGAAUAGUUAACCCCAAAAAUAUAAUUAUAUACUCACCUUCAUGUUUUCCACACCUUUAUACUGUUAUUUUUUUCAGUGCAAUACAAAAGAAGAAUUUUUAAAGAAUCUUAACACAGCUCUCUUCCAUAUACUUACAGAUCAUAAUGACCAUAUCUGUCAAGCUCUAAAAAUGACAAUCAUAUCAUAACUGUAGUCCAUACAACUUCCCCUCCACCACAGCCCUCAAAUCAAAUAUGGCACCUUUGGCACGGUUAGACAUGAAUGACAUCAAACAUAAUACAGGACAAUAGAUGCCUACUGUCCCGUAUUUUAGCCGUGAAAAUGGCGGAAAGUCCUGCAUUGAAUGCCUUGUGUCCCGUAUAGAAAUGUCAAAAUGUUCCAGCAUCCCGUGUUCACAUGGCAAAAAGUUUGCAACCUAAAAUGUAGUGUAUGAUUCAUGGUGUCAUGAAAUGCUUUCAUGGUGGGUUUGUUUUUCCCCCUCUUUUUUGAGCACAGAUGUGGACCCUAUUGUCACUAUAUGGAAAAGAGCUGCUUAACAAUUUAGAAUGACAUGUAGUGUAGGUAAAUAAUGACAGAAUUAAAAUUUUUAGGUGAACUAUCCCUUUAAUGUCAGACAUUUUUCCUGCUCACAGGCAAAGUGCUUACAUCAUCACUGUGAGACAGUUAGAUGGAAUGAUAUGCCUUCUCCACAAUGCAGUGUUGCUGCAGUUUAUCCAGUACACCUCAUACUGAGCCAGUGUUAGCAAACAGUUGUCUGAGAAAAGCUGAUUCCAAAUAGGAAUUGCAAGAUUUUUUAUUUUAUUUUUAUUUUUAUUUUAAUGCAAAAUUAGCCAAUCCACCUCCAAUCAAAAGCUUCUGUGGAGCUUUAUUAUAAAGUUUACAUUUGUAAAAUGUCUUGUGGGACUCUCCAUGGCUAGCCACUAUUAUCCAGAUACACUGCAAGCUAUGCACAUUUGGUAACAACAUGGACUUACUUUCAUCACAAAAUAUGUGUAAAAUGUAUAUAUGUUCAAUCAAAGUAUAUUUUUGGGUGUUGUUUUAUACUCUUGCUAAUUAAAAGACAACCACAAAAAUG